UACUUCCGCUCGACUCCGGACGUCCUUCGGUGUUUCGUUCAGGCUGCGGCCCAACCCUUUGCCAAGGACGGAGCUGUCAUGGCGGUUGUGGGCUCGGUGCUGAGGUGUGGCUUGCGCGGGGCUAUGGCUCUCCCACAGCAGCAGCGAGCUUGGAGCUCCAAUGGGGGGCCGGACCAGUUCGGGCCUGGAAAAAGCGGAGCGAUCCGUGAGGCAGGCGGCACCUUUGGCAAGAAGGAAGCGGCUGAAGAGGAGCGCUAUUUCAGGAAGUUGCAGCAGGAGCAGUUGUCACAGCUGAGAAAACACCAUGAGGAGGAAAUAGGUCACCAUAAGAAAGAAAUUGAGCGGCUGCAGAAAGAAAUUGAACGUCACAAGUCCAAGAUUAAAAAGCUUGAUGAUGAUUAAGUAGCAGAAUCCUUACUGAUGUCUGGCAUUGCUCUGGAAAUGAUGCUGUCAAUCAUAAAGAUGUUUUCUCUUAACUGUGCAAAAUAAACAGUUCACUCUC